AUGGUGAUAGAAGGAGAGGCAUUGGUGGCGUGCAGUGACAAGAGCAUGAAAAUUGGGGUGACGAUAUGGGACAUGGACACAGGAGAAAACCUUCAUCACAUACCAACCUGUGCUUCACAAUCUUUCGGAUUGGUGUGCUUAAGAAACCGGUUCCUCGUGGCAUCACAAAUUAACAAACAUGGGUCUGUUGGCGGUGGAGCCAUUGUUGUCUGGGCCUUGAACAAGCCUCAACAACCACUUUCAAAUUACACACUGGAGGCCUUUGGGCCACUUUCUUGCACAAAAGAUGGCAUAUACCUUGUGGCAGGAGCUUUGUCUGGAAAUGCUUAUAUCUGGGAUGUGACCAGUGGAAAAUUGCUGAAGACUUGGAGUGCUCAUAAUAAAUCUCUAAACUGCAUGAUAUUUUCAGAUGACAAUUCCCUUCUUAUUUCUGCUUCAGAUGAUGGUAUGAUCUGUGUUUGGUCCAUGAUUAGUCUGUUAGAUGUGGAAGAAAGGGGAAGCUUGCCUUCUUUGUUACAUUGUUUUUCAGGGCACAUGUCCUCCAUAACAGGUCUUUUAACUACACCAAGCAGUUACUCAGUUUUAGUAUCAAGCUCCCUUGAUGGCACAUGCAAGGUCUGGGACUUUAUCUCAGGAAGGCUUAUGCAAACUCAAGUUUAUCCUUUGGCAAUAACUUCCAUCGCCCUUCACCAAGUAGAGAUGCUCUUGUUUUACGGAACAGUAAAUGGAACAAUAAUUGUCAACAAGCUUGAUCUUGGUCUGGAAGAAGGUCCUUCCAUUAUCACAAUAGGCCAACCACUGGAAUUGAAAGGACACAAUGGAGCCAUUACUGCCUUGACCACGAGUCAAGCAGGCCUAAUAUCUGCCUCUGAAGACUGCACGAUCUGCAUUUGGGAUGUCAUCAACUGUGCAAUCAUUCGAAGGUUAAGUCUUCAAAAAGGGAAAGUAACUAAUAUUGUGGUAGUGCCAAGGUCCUCAGUUCUCCAUACAUCAAACAAUAGGAGAAUCUCCAAUGAGUAUAAUGUUUCUCCACUUGAAAAGUAUUCUCAGUCCAUCAACUCAUCCAACGGAACAAACACUCUCCUUUCCUUGUGUCGCCUCUACAAAGAAAAGCAAACUUGUAUUGAUUUACGAAGUUCUGGUUUCUUGAGACAGAACAUGUCUUGUUCACAGAAAGCAGAAAUGGCUAUGGCCAUGGCCAUGCAAAUGAAAGUGGAAACAAAUAUAGAGUCUCGUGUAUGGGCCAUAAAGAUGGCGAAGCAUGUCAUGAAUAUAAACAAACAACUGAAGUCACAACUGUUGGACAUGAUGCGGCGCAGAUUGUUCUCUAAAAAAAAAAACCGAAUUUCAAAAAAAUAG